CAGGUGUCGCAGCCAUAGUGUCUGGUGGUCGUCGCCGUAGAAAAGAAGGGCGUCCUUACUUCAUGGCAGCCGCAGUGAUGUCAUCACGAAUGCCUGGUCUGAUGCUCGUUUUGAGUAUAUUUUCCACUUUUAUGUUGCAAGAGCAUCUGUUCAGUCUCGCUGAGGAACAAGGUGACACAAUGAAGCAGAUGGCUGCAGAGUUCGAUGGGCACUACGAAAAUCAGACGCUGACUCGAGUAGCAUUUGGCUCUUGCAACAAACAGUGGCGGACCAAUGUUUUAUGGGACAAUAUUGUGGACUUCCAUCCUCAAGCGUAUCUGUGGCUGGGUGACGCCGUGUACGUCAAAGAAAAGGAAGGUGACAAUGACGCCAACCUUCGGAGAGCCUACUCCCGCCAGCUGAAAAAUAAAGGCUACCAACGACUGCUGAGCUCGGGUGCAAUAGUCGAAGGCGUAUAUGAUGAUCAUGACAUGUCUACGAAUGAUGGCCAUAAAGUGAAUUAUACCCCUCAACGCCAGAGUGCUUAUUUAGACUUCCUUGGACAUAUUUCUGAAGAUUCUCCCAGACGAUCUCGGUUGGGAUUGUUUUCCGCUCACGUCUUUGGAGAGCCACCGCGCCAAGUUAAAAUCAUUUUCCUGGACGUCCGCUCCUUGAGCGACGAGCCAGCCAUUGUGGUACCAGAGUGUGUAGCUAAUCUUUUAUGGCCUGUGAAGCCCUAUCUUUUAGCGCUUACGCGAUGGGCUGCCGUCCUCCUGGGCAUCACCGGACGCUUUCACGGCGACAUGCUGGGGACCGAGCAGUGGUCAUGGCUGGAGGCACAACUGGCAGGCUCAGAGGCCUCUUUUCACGUCCUUGUCUCUACCGUUCAGGUCUUAUCUGUGAAUCCCAUUGCGGAGGGGUGGGGCCACUACCCGGCCGCACAAAGUCGGUUGCUUGCACUUUUGCGGAAGCAUCGGCCCCGCGGAUUGGUUAUCCUCUCCGGGGAUGUACACUUUGCAGAACUUCUCGUGACGCAACCACCUAGUGAAGGGAUGAGAGAAGAGGAGAAGGAGGGGAAGAAGGAGGCCCUGGAGGUAACAAGCAGCGGAAUGACCCAUACGUGCUUCGCCACCACCAUGGUUUUUUCGGGGGCCUUAAUUAUGGAACCAUUGAGCUAG